GUCAACGACCAAGAGAUGAAGAAGCAGCAGGAUGAGAUCAUGGCCAUCAUGAAGAUGCGGGAGGCGGCGUCCAGCGGGACGCAGCAAGCAGGGGACUUCAUCUGCACCGUCUACCUGGAGGAGAAGAAGACGGAGGCAGAGCAGCACGUCAAGAUCCCGGCUGCGAUGACAGCCGAGGAGCUCACCUUCGAGAUCCUGGACCGGAGGAAAAUCGUGGUGAAGGAGAAGGACUAUUGGAGCUGCUUCGAAGUGAAUGAGAGGGAGGAGGCAG